AUGUCCGAGUCGCCCAAGUCCGAUGUCCCUAAUUCCGUCCCCCCUCGUCCCGCCAUGACCUUCCCCUCCUGCAAGUCGGAAUGCCUCACCGAUGGUUUCGCAACGGUGCCCGACGACGGAGAUGCACAGUUCCACGCGUCCGCCCGGUGCUGGAAUGAUCGGGCCCAGACCGCCGCCAUUGAGCAACUGGUCGCUCUCAAACAGGGGCUGAGGGCCUUGGAUACAGAGCUGUUCUGGAAACGGCUCAUGGAGGAUAUCACCUCCAUCACCAAGGCUCAGUAUGGCUUCGUGGCUCGCCGAGUAUAUGGUGGUGAGCCCAUGGCGGAACUGGGCGGGCGCCGGCCGUCACUAUUCGGGGCGGUCUUCUACUACAACGACGGGUACCAGAAUGUCGGACUACAACGAAAUCGAUAUUUCGCCGGCGGAAACCCGCUGUUACAUAUGGAUCAUGAACGACGGUGCCUGAUUCCGGAAAACCUCAAAUCCCUCGUCUCGUUCGGGGACGAUCAACUGCCCUUCCCCGCCGACGCGUACCUGGCGAUUCCACUCUUCUCGGCUGGCAAAUGCCUGGCGCAUCUCGGGUUGAUGUGGUCCAAGGACGGGGUACGGAGUCGAGGUCUGUCUUGGUCAUUUCUGGAAAUGAUUCUACACUCCCUGGAGGAUUUGAUCGUGCAGCGACUCCUGCUGGAAGAAGUCUUCCCGGACCACGAAGAGUCUCCAUUCCCGCCUCUUGAUUCUCCCACUUGCCUAGAUCCCGGACACGAUCAUAUUCGAGAUUCCUCUCAUUUCACCGCCCAUCCCCUCAAGCCGUUCGCCAAAAGUCUAUCACACGAACUGCGAACGCCAAUGCAAGGUGUGGUCGGCAUGCUGGAUGUCAUGCAUGCCACCGUGCGAGAGGCCAUGGAAAGCAAGACCCCGUUUAAAUCAGGUGGUAUCUUUCAGGCUCUCAAAGAGGGCAUCGAGAUGGUCCAGGACAGCGCACGCCGUGCUAUCGAGGCGGCUGAUAACGUCGUCCAUGCGUACGAUCUUAAUAUGCAGGUUCCCAAAACACCUCAACGGGAGCAGGAAAACGGAUUUCUUGACCCCACGUUUGCCACCGAUACCACCGAAAGCCGGCCUAGCGUCUUUAUCGACGGGAGCAAUAUCGCCGUCAACCCAUAUAAGCGACGACGAAGUCUCCCUUUGGACAUGAACACUCGUCCGGCCCGAAAGCAGAGACUCCGUGCAGCAUCCUCGCGACAAGAGCUCUCUCCACGUAGCGAGGAAGUCAAGAACGCCGUCCACGAGAGUGAUCAAAUCGUUCAUGCUACUCCGGCACGCCAAAUUGAAGCAGUUAUGGCCAACAUGGUAGAUCCCCGUCCUUCAAUUGCAGUCCGACGAUCUGCACCCCAUCUCCUCCUUGAAGGAAUCAACAUGAACAUGCGAGGCCCGGCCCUCCGAUUUACGAAACUGCGAGACCUGUUGCGUUUGGUGAUCAACGAGUCUCUGCAUGUGGGUGGCCGACCGGAUUCAGCAACCAGUCAGGCGACUGCCUUUGGCGAGAAGAUUGAAAUUCGGUCCCGGUCUUCGAACGGUGAGGUCUUUACCAAAAUUGUGGACUGGUCUGUUGACCCCGCAUUGCCCGACACUCUGCUCGCAGACGACCGAGAUUUGGCCAAGUUGAUCUCUUGCGUUUUCUUGAAUGCCAUCAAAUUCACAAAUAAUGGCACUAUUACCGUGUGUGCUACCGUAGACUCUCGAACUAGUGAUGUCCUGAUUCUCGUCCGGGAUACAGGCCCAGGUAUUCCUGAAGCAUUCCUACCCAACCUGUUCAAGCCUUUUGCCCGUGAGGAUGCAUCCACCACACGCAGCAAGGACGGCCUUGGUCUCGGUCUCCUAGUGGCCAAGGGCCUUUCACGGAAAAUGGGCGGUGAUCUGAUUUGUGUUCGCUCUUCCACUACGGGGCCCGAUCAUGGUUCUGAGUUCCAGAUCCGAGUGCCUGUGAACCAGCGGGAAGCCUACAAUUGGCCUGGAACCCCCAACGAGAAAAUGAGGACACCUCCUAUUCUCAGCAAUCACGCCCGACAUGGAAGUUCUAGCAGCACUUUCAUCUGGGAGCCUUCCUCGUUUGCUUCUGACUCGGUUGCUCAAAAUCAACAAGUCCAGCAACCAACUCCGAGCACCGGUGACGAAAGCACGUCUCAAGGCUCAACUCCACCGCGGACACUGCCCCAUGCUCGGUUCAAGCAGCCUUUGAGCCACGUACAUGACAAGAAACUCGGCGAGAAAUUCCCUCUGCGGUUCCUCGUCGCAGAAGACAAUCGAAUCAACCGCCGUGUACUGGUCAACAUGUUACGCAAGCUAGGAUACCGGGACGUCCUCGAGGCGGCUGAUGGCAGAGAAGCCGUGCAAAUCGUGCAAGAAAUCUUGUCUGCCUCGUCAUCCACCAACAGUUCCCCGACAGGUGACGAACCUGGUCCAUCCACGCAACCGGCCACCCCCGGGAUGAAGCCCAUUGACAUUGUCUUGAUGGACCUGUGGAUGCCCGAAAUGGAUGGGUACGAAGCAACUUCUCGCAUUCUGCAGAUGGUGGAUGACCAUCAGACCCAGUUCUCCAGUGCCGAUGAUGAUCCUCGCCGGAUGAGUAUCACAACCAAUUCCGACGUGGAUAUGGAUGCGGUGACUAGUCCGCUUCGUGCGCACCGCCCUCCUACCGUGCUAGCCGUCAGUGCCGAUGUGACUGACGAAGCGUUGAACCGUGCCUCCAAGGUGGGCAUCAAGGGGUACAUGACGAAACCUUAUAAACUGUCCGAUUUGGAACGACUGAUCCUUGGAUUCUGCGGUCCUAUCGAGACAGUGGUGGCAGUUGCACAGAACAUUUCUCUAGCAGCGACACUCCACCCACGCCCUGAGGACUUCUCUACAACAUUGUUCUCGAGUGGCCCCAAUUACCCUUUUCUUUGA